AUGGGUUUGGAAAACAAACUCUCGUCUGCCGAAUAUGAUUUUGAACGCGGAGAGAAGAAAGGAAAACUUUGUAAAAUCAGCAAAGACUCUGUUCUGCUAAUUCUUUUAAUUUCAUCUGUAAUCUUAGGUUUCUUUUUUGGUUGGUUAUUCGGCAGCAUGUUUGAUUUCACCCCGGAACAAAUUGAUUAUAUAUCGUUUCCUGGUGAUAUUUUUAUGAGUAUGUUGAAAAUGAUGAUUCUGCCGCUGAUUUUCUCCAGUUUGGUGUCCAGUCUAGCAUCUCUGGACUCAUCGAUGUCCGGCAAGCUGGGCGUCAGGGUGGUUGUGUACUACAUUUCAACAACUAUCAUUGCCGUUUUUCUUGGGAUCUUGUUGGUUCUAACUAUAAGACCUGGUGAAAUCAGCGGAAAUGUGAGUAAGAACACAGAAGAGGAGCAAACUCUUGGAACAGCUUAUGCUCUUAUGGACCUAAUCAGGAGCAUGUUCCCGUCAAACUUGGUAGAAGCCACUUUCAGAUCUUACAAAACUGAUGUUCAAGAAGAACCAAUAGAAGUAUUAAGCUCUGAAGAUCUCUCAAACGUGAUGCUCAAUUCUGGUGUUUCUAUUGCAUCUUCACUCGUCGCCAUCAAUGGCAGUUUGUUAAUUCUUGGCAACAAGAUGGUACUGUUCAAUAGCAGUCGUCUGUCUAAUUCUGAAGUAAAAAGUGAUAUGGCACUAUUUCUACAAGAGGUCGACUCGAGUUUAGUGAUGAUAGACAACGUUCAGAAAGACCUGUCCCCAUCAACAACCGCACUGAAGUUACUAAUUAGCCAUACGUCAGCAAAGAGUUCAUUGCUGCAGAUUCAGGUAGAUAGACUGACAACUGAUCCUGUGAGCGAGUCUGAGAUGGAUAUGCUGAGCAAUGAAACAACUAGCUUAUCAACGAUGUUGACAUCAACUACGUGCGAGAUGGUUAGAUUGGUUGGCAUGUCGGCUGCCUCUGCAGAAACCGUGGAAGAAGCUGCUCUUGCUAUGAGUUCAGCACUCAGUGGAAUCAACCAAAUGUUUUUUAUGAUCGACUACAACAAGAUCAACCAGAUCAUGAUAGAUAUGAAUGAUCUCAGUGGAGAGUUGAUUGACGCUAUCAGAAAAAGCGAUACAAACUCCUCCUUCGUUGAAAUAAAUUCAAUCAUGACUAUCAUGAUGAAUAUGACGGUGACGUCAAUGCACAUCCUAGACAUCAAGAGCACUCUAAACCUAAAUGACAUAACAAUGAGUCUAAUGCGCAUGACUGUAGAUGUACUGUAUUCAAUGGACACAAAAAAAUUGAACAGUUAUGAGAUCGUGACAGAGAUGAAUUACAUUUUAAAGAGAAUGAACACCAUUAUGGUUGAACUUUCAACACUUAGCGCUGCACCUUUAACCGGUGAUUUAGAUGAGCUUAACCAAAUCGCAUCUCUUGCAAAAGAGAUUCAUAAACUUUCCGAGAUGAUGGCAAUAAUCGUAACUACUGGAAUGGAUUAUGUCAUUUUCCACCGCUCUAACGCCACAGUAACAACUGUUUAUGUAGGUGUUAUGUCUGACAGUAUAAACGUCUUAGGGAUAGUGGUCUUUGCCAUUGCAUUUGGUGUAUCUGUUGCACGUGUUGGAGAAGAUGGACGUGUGGUUAUACAGUUUUUCAGUGCCACGAAUGAAGCAAUUAUGAAAUUAGUGACGGUGAUUAUGUGGUAUGCUCCAAUUGGCAUCUUUUUCUUAAUAACAGGAAGUAUGAUUGAAGUUAAAGACUGGGAAGAGAUGUUCACAAAACUUGCAGCAUACAUAGCAACAGUUGUAACUGGCCUAGCCAUACACGGAUUCAUAAUUCUACCUCUAUUGUACUUUGCAUUCACACGGAAAAAUCCUUACAGAUUCCUUAUAAACGUUUCUUCAGCUUUUGUAACAGCUCUCGGAACAGCAUCAAGUUCUGCAACGUUGCCUGUAACAAUACGAUGUCUCGAAGACAAGAACAGCAUCAACAAACAAAUAACUCGCUUCAUGCUUCCCAUUGGCGCAACCGUCAAUAUGGACGGUACGGCGCUGUAUGAGGCAGUUGCUGCAAUUUUCAUCGCACAAAUGAAUGGUAUUCCACUAAAUGUUGGACAAGUAAUCACCAUCAGUCUGACGUCUACGUUUACCAGUAUUGGAGCUGCCGGGAUUCCUGAUGCCGGUUUGGUGACCAUGGUGACUGUUCUCACAGCUGUUAACCUACCGACCAACGGCAUUGCUCUGAUUUUGGCUGUUGAUUUCAUUGUGGAUCGUCUUCGAACAGUGGUCAAUGUUGAGGGCGAUUCAAUUGGUGCAGGAAUUGUUGACCACUUGACACAAGCCAAUGAAAGCUCUGCAGUACAUAGCAAUAAAGAUUUUGAGGAGAUUGAACUACAAACAGGUGAUGAAGUCAAUGAAAGUGCAGUCCAUCACGUAUUGCUCUCGCAAUAAUAAGGAGAGCAAUUGUGCCGGUGACAAGGGGAAACAGUCGGAAGUCGCGUUGGCCGUUUUGAGAUACAUUAUAGGCCAAAACAAUAGCACAGGUCAAUAUUUUCACAAAUCGAGUUUUCAACAGAAUCAUGUAGACUGUUUAAAUAUUAUAUAAUUGAAUUCACGCAACAGUUUUUUUAAAUUAUUAUUAUUAUUUAUCUUAAGAUGCCCAAAAUCAUUUUAGAGAGCCGCUUUAACCAGGAAGUAUGAAAAAUUACAUUUUGUUUACAUUAUAAAACACUCGCGAAAUCAUCCUUAUUACCCACCACGUUUUAAAGCCAGUCAUAUCGUGUUUAAUAUCAUUAUAAAGCUAAUUAUAUAAGCUCGACUAUG